UCUUAGGGGUGCUGGGGUCCUUGGGAUGCUGGGUCCUUUAGGUGACCUGGCUGUGGGGUCCUUGGGGUGCUGGGGUCCUUAGGGUGCUGGGGUCCUUGGGGUGACCUGGCUGUAGGGUCCUUGGGGUGCUGGGGUCCCCAGGGUGACGUGGUGGAUGAGUUCUUAGGGGUGCUGGGGUCCUUGGGGUGCUGGGUCCUUGGGGUGACCUGGUGCUGGGGUCCUUGGGGUGCUGGGGUCCCCAGGGUGGAUGAGUUCUUAGGGGUGCUGGGGUCCUUGGGGUGCAGGGAUCCUUGGGGUGACGUGGAGUUGGGGUCCUUGGGGUGCUGUGGUCCCCAGGGUGACGUGGUGGAUGAGUUCUUAGGGGUGCUGGGGUCCUUGGGGUGCUGGGUCCUUGGAGUGACCUGGUGGUGGGUUCCUUGGGGUGACAUGGCUGUGGGGUCCUUGGGGUGCUGGGUUCCCCAGGGUGGGACGGGUGGCUAUGGGGUCCUUGGGGUGACAUGGUACUGCGGUCCUUGGGGGUGCUGGGCGGGGGGGGUCCCCAGCCUCAGGGUAACCCUCACCCUCGUGUCCCCCCCCCAUUUCUCCCCUCCCCCCCAGUUCUUUCGGGUGCUGAACGGGUACAAGAUCGAGCACAAGCUGCUGCUGACGGGCACCCCGCUGCAGAACAACCUGGAGGAGCUCUUCCACCUCCUCAACUUCCUCACGCCGGAGCGCUUCAAGUACCUGGAGGGUUUCCUGGAGGAGUUUGCGGACAUCUCCAAGGAGGAUCAGAUCAAGAAGCUGCACGACCUGCUGGGCCCGCACAUGCUGCGGCGCCUCAAGGCCGACGUCUUCAAGAACAUGCCCGCCAAGACCGAGCUCAUCGUGCGCGUCGAGCUCAGCCCCAUGCAGAAGUACGGGGGGGACGGGGACGGGGGGGCUCCGCUCUUUUUUGGGGGGGGGGACCCCAAGACUCGGCUCCCAUCAUCCUUGGGGUCUCAGCACCCCAAAACCCAGUUCCCAUCACCCCUGGGGUCUCAGCACCCCAAGACCCAGUUCCCAUCAUCCUUGGGUCUCAGCACCCCAAGACCCAGUUCCCAUCAUCCUUGGGGUCUCAGCACUCCAAAACCAGCUCCCACCACCCCUGGGGUCUCAGCACCCCAAAACCCGACUCCCAUCAUCCUUGGGGUCUCAGCACCCCAAAAUCCAGCUCCCAUCACCCCUGGGGUCUCAGAACCCCAAGACCCACUUCCCGUCAUCCUUGGGGUCUCAGCACCCCAAGACCCAGCUCCCACCACCCCUGGGGUCCCACCAGUCUUGUGUGGGCGUCUUAGCACCCCAAAACCCAGCUCCGACCACCCCUGGAGCCUCAGCACCCCAAAACCAGCUCCCACCACCCCUGGGGUCCCACAAGUCCUGUGUGGGGCUUUCAGCACCCCAAAACCAGUUCCCAUCAUCCUUGAGGUCUCAGCACCCCAGAACCCGACUCUCACCACCCCUGGGGUCUCAGCACCCCAAAACCAACUCCCAUCAUCCUUGGGGUCUCAGCACCCCAAAAUCCAGCUCCCAUCACCCCUGGGGUCUCAGAACCCCGAGACCCAGUUCCCAUCAUCCUUGGGGUCUCAGCACCCCAAAACUCAGAUCCCACCACCCCUGGGGUCUCAGCAUCCCAAAACCAACUCCCAUCAUCCUUGGGGUCUCAGCACCCCAAGACCCAGCUCCCACCACCCCUGGGGUCCCACAAGUCCUGUGUGGGGGUCUCAGCACCCCAAAACCCAGCUCCCAUCAUCCUUGGGAUCUCAGCACCCCAAAACCCAGCUCCCACCACCCCUGGGGCCUCAGCACCCCAAGACUUGUCUCCCAUCAUCCUUGGGGUCUCAGCACCCCAAAACCCAGCUCCCACCACCCCUGGGGUCUCAGCACCCCGAAACCCGACUCCCAUCCUUGGGGUCUCAGCACCCCAGAAUCCAGCUCCCAUCAUCUGUGGGGUCUCAGCACCCCAAAAACAGUUCCCACCACCCCUGGGGUCCCACAAGCCCUGUGUGGGGGUCUCAGCACCCCAAGACCAGUUCCCAUCACCCCUGGGGUCUCAGCACCCCAAAAUCCAGCUCCCACCACCCCUGGGGUCCCACCAGUCUUCUGUGGAGUCCCAGCACCCCAAAACCAGUUCCCACCACCCCUGGGGCCUCAGCACCCCAAGACCCAGCUCCCACCAUCCCUCGGGCCUCAGCACCCCAAGAGUCCCCAUCCCCCCCUGCAGGACCCCCANGG